AUGUUUUUGGGGGCUGCCUAUAAAAAAGCUGAUGGCACCAAAAUUGAUGGUCGUCGCGUAGUUGUUGAUUACGAACGCGGGCGCACAAAAAAGAGCUGGCUUCCACGACGUCUGGGAGGAGGUAAAGGGGAGACGCGGCGAACGCGCGAAUCUAAAGCAGCGUUGGCAGCAAAAGAAUGGGAAGAAUCUAUGGCUAAUGGAAGUGAAUAUUCGAGAGGAGGUAGCCGGGAGCAUGGACGAAGUCGGGAUCGUCGAAGCCGUUCAAAAGAAAGAGAUCGUCGUUAAUGGAAUGAUGAAAAUAAGACUAAAUUUUGUGAGUUUUCUAUUAAAGAAUUCGAUAUUUUGGCUUGAUAGUUUUCUAUGUAUUUUGUAUUUCAAUU